CCCAUAUGGGCCCACCUGACGCAUGUCAAGAUCACGGUGGAUCAACCAAAUGCAUUCCACCACUUGCUCCAGCUAGGUCCUAACCUCUCCUCAUUGACGAUCGAUUCAGUGCGAGUAAAGGUGAACUGCUUGAGCUAGCCAAGACUCAGCUUGACAUCAUUGGCGUCAAAGUAGGUCAUUUGCCCCAAACACCGCCCUUUGCAACCACAUAUAUGGAAGAAACGCCUGCCCUGCCUUUCCAACGAAUUGGUGAAUGCUCAUCGACGCAGCGAAUAAGCAAUCACGAGGUCAUGCUAGCUAUUGGGAACGAGGAACCUUUUUAUGACUUGUAUUGCACAACUUUGAAUCGUGCCAUCGACAUGUACGUGAAGGCUGGCCGUCGCAAAUUCGCGCUAAAGCUGCAUGGCUUCCUCGCCGCUCUAGACAUUCAUCGAGGACGCCUAGAGAGUGCUCUGGCAAUUUUUACAUCCUUGCCUGCUCACUAUGCACCUCAUAUGUGGACAUCACUAGAAUCCUUCAUGCUCUCUCAUGCAAUCAACAUACAUGCCGAGCUGGAGCAACCCUGAGACCGAGAAUGGAUACAUAUCUUGCUUGCAUUUCUAAGGACAUGCACAAAUGACGUGAGCACAGAGCUAGUAACAGAAGAGAAUGGGGAAAUGGGUGUUACGCAGCUUGUUGGAGCACUUCAC